AUGAAAUUACCAGCGAAGAAAGAAAACAAAUACAGUAAGGUAAUUUCAUCAUCGACGAAAAAUAACACGAACGAAUCACAAGUGAUUUUCAUGAGCUACACGUUUCGAUCCUUUUUCCUUUUGUUUCAUGGCCAUACGUUUCGGAUGUUUGAUUCGAUUGAGAGAUAUGAGAUAGAAAUAAAUUUAUUGAAAAAAAAAAGACAAACGAUGAGCCGAAACCAAAGCGAAAGUGCAUCAAGAUCUCGAUCGAGAUCAAAAUCACGUUCACGCUCGCGAUCAGGUUCAUUGUCAUCGACUUCAUCGGGUCGUGCAGCUAAGGCCAAAGAUUGGAAUGGAGAGUCGGGUUAUCGUCUACACGUGUCACCAUUAAAUCCGAAAACAUCACGGCAGGAUAUUGAAAAGAUAUUUAUGAAAUACGGAAAAAUUAAUGAAGUUUGGAUGGCUACUAAUCCACCGUGUUUUGCUUUUGUGAAUUUCAAACAUCGAGCUGAUGCUGAAGAAGCUAUACGAGCUAUGGAUGGAAAAUCUAUUGAUAACUCGCGUAUUGGUAUAUCAUUUGCUCGUAAACGUACUGUUGGCGGCCGUCGUGGUGGUGGUGGUGGAUCUUUUGGUAAUGGCGGUGAUCGUUAUUCACGUGGAGACUAUGAUUCGUCACGAAAUCGUCGACGAUAUUCUCCACGGCAAUCGGAUGAUCGGCGCGAUAGUUAUAGAAGUUAUGAUCGACGACGACGCUAUUCUCGAUCACGUAGUCCAGCUAACAAGCGUGAUUAUCGCCAACGGUCGCGAUCAUCGUCGCCAAGACCACGCCGUAAUCGUCCAUCGUCAAGAGAUCGAUCACCGCAACAACAAGCUUCAAAUGUUGUUCAUAGAUUCGAAGAAAGUGACGAUUAA